AUGGGUACCCCAAACGACGAGCCUUUCGGCCAGAUCUUCACGCCGUCUUCGAUCUCACUGCCUUCAUUCUCCCCUAAGGAUGUCUCUGCGCUCGCCACCAGUGGCGUACGCUAUGUGCGUUUGACAUGGGUUGAUUGGACGAAUAUGGUUCGCUGCCGCGUUAUUCCCAUCAGUGCAUUCCAAGCACUGCUCGCUGCUGGGCGCCCAGGAGUAGCCAUCUCAACGGUGGUGUUCGGUCUUGUGGGCGCUUCGUGCGCACCAGGGUUCUCUGCUACGGGGCUGUACCUGUACGCCCCUGACUUGAGCUCACUGCGUACGUGCGGAUACGCACCUGGACACGCAAGCGUCAUGGGAUGGUUCCAGGAGAAGGAGGCAGCUCCAGGCGGCAGGCUCGAGGUCGAUCUCUGUCCGCGCACGCAACUUCGACGCGUCGUUGACGAGGCUCGUGCGGCAGGCUUCGAGUUCCUUGUUGGUAUAGAGACAGAGUUCUGUCUUCUUCGCUCAGUAGACCCAAUCGAGGCGGUUCACGACCGCCCGUGGUCUACCACUGCUUCACUUCCGACUGGCGCAAAGGAGACGCAAUGCAUGGAGGAGAUUGCCGAUGCAUUACUGGCUUCUGGAAUAGAGCUACUCAUGUACCACGCUGAAGCUGCACCCGGGCAGUACGAAUUCGUUACUGGGCCUCUUCCACCGCUCGAGGCCGCAGACGCUGUGGUCCUCACUCGUGAAACGAUCUACAACAUCUCCGCCAAACAUGGCCUUCGUGCGACCCUGGCGCCUAGACUAUUCGAUGAUGCCUGCGGGAGCUCUGCACAUGCACACCUCUCAGUCCAUCGCUCUUCAGUACCCGCCACCAAACCUCCCAAACCAAGUCCCAAUACGAACACUUUGACGACUAUGGCAUCCUUCGAGCGCUCCUUCCUGCAAUCGCUUCUCGACAGCAUCACAGACAUAGCUGCGAUCACUCUCCCCACACAAGCCUCAUAUGCGCGCGUUCAGGAUGGGAUCUGGUCUGGCGGAACGUUCGCGGCGUGGGGUACAGAGAACCGUGAGUCUCUCGUCCGCCUCACCGGCUCUCCCGGCUCGCACCACUUCGAGGUUCGAAGUCACGACGGCACGGCCAACCCGUACUUGGCUCUGGCGGCGAUACUGGGCUCUGGACUACAGGGAAUUCAACAGGGAGUCGAACUCAACAUCGGCGAUUGCCCUGAACCCGCCGCCACGCUCAGUGCAGAGGAGAGGGCUACACGGAAUAUCACAGGGCGUAUGCCGACAUCGCUGAAGGAGGCCAGAGAGAAGCUACGCGCGAGCGCCGCUGUCAAGGACAUCUUUGGCGAGAAAUUCAUCGGGAAGUAUCUGGCUGUCAACGAGGCUAUGGAGAAGGUCAUGGAGACAGGAACGCCUGAAGGUGAUGCGAAAAAGAUUAUGUUGACGUAUUGA